AUGCCCCCCAGGGGACUCCAUCUGCCCCUCCUCCUCCAGGGGACUCCAUCUGCCCCCCUCCAGGGGACUCCAUAUGCCCCCCUCCAGGGGACUCCAUAUGCCCCCCGGGGACUCCAUCUGCCCCCCAGGGGGACUCCAUAUGCCCCCCUCCAGGGGACUCCAUAUGCCCCCCGGGAACUCCAUAUGCCCCGACUCCAUAUGCCCCCCCCAGGGGACUCCAUCUGCCCCCCCCCCCCCAGGGGGACUCCAUAUGCCCCCUCCAGGGACUCCAUAUGCCCCCCGGGGAACUCCAUAUGCCCCGACUCCAUAUGCCCCCCCCCCAGGGGACUCCAUCUGCCCCCACCCCCCCAGGGGGACUCCAUAUCACCCCCUCCAGGGGACUCCAUAUGCCCCCUCCAGGGGACUCCAUCUGCCCCCUCCAGGGGACUCCAUCUGCCCCCAGGGGGACUCCAUAUGCCCCCUCCCAGGGGACUCCAUAUGCCCCCCCGGGAACUCCAUAUGCUCCGACUCCAUAUGCCCCCCAGGGGGACUCCAUAUGCCCCUCCCCCAGGGGACUCCAUAUGCCCCCCUCCAGGGGACUCCAUAUGCCCCCCGGGAACUCCAUAUGCCCCGACUCCAUAUGCCCCCAGGGGGACUCCACAUGCCCCCCGGGAACUCCAUAUGCCCCGACUCCAUAUGCCCCCCGGGGACUCCAUAUGCGCCCCCAGGGGGACUCCAUCUGCCCCCCUCCAGGCGACUCCAUAUGCCCCCCUCCAGGGGACUCCAUCUCCCCCGGGAACUCCAUAUGCCCCUCCCCAGGGGGACUCCAAGUUCCAGCCCCCAGCCACAGCCUCCACCUCUACCCUUCCCCAGCUUCUACCCAGCCCCAGCCCCAGCCACAGCCUCCACCCCAUCCCUACCCCCAUCUUCUACCCAGCCCUCAGCCUCCACCCCAUCCCUAUCCUCAGCCCCAGCUUCACCUCUCUACCCCAUCUCCCCAUCUUCUACCCAGCCCCAGCUUCUCCCCAGUCCACCCAGCCCCAGCCUCCACCUCUACCCAUCCCCAUCCCCAGCCUCAUCUACCACCCCAUCCCCAGCUUCUACCGAGCUUCAGCCUCCACCUCUACCCCAUCCCCAGCCUCCACUCUACCCCCACCCCCAUCUUCUACCCAGCCCCAGCUUCUCCCCAGUCACAGCCCCAGCCUCCACCUCUGCCCCAUCCCCAUCCCCCAUCCUGCCCAUCCCAGCUUCUACUCCAGCUUCAGCCUCCACCUCUACCCCAUCCCCAGCUUCUACCCAGCUUCAACCUCCACCCCAUCCCUAUCCCCAGCCUCCACCUCUACCCAUCCCCUCUCACCCAGCCUCCACCUUCACUCUCUACCCUCCUGUCCCCAACCCCAUCUUCUACCCAGCCUCAGCCUCCACCUCCUACUCCCUAUCCCCAUCUUCUACCCAGCCUCCACCGAUCCCUAUCCCCAGCACAGCCUCCACCUCUACCCCAUCCCCAACCCCUGCUUCUACCCAGCCUCAGCCUCCACCUCCACCUCUACCCCAUCCCCAGCUUCUACCCAGCCUCCACCCCAUCCCCAGCCCCAGCCACAGCCUCCACCCCAUCCCUACCCCCAUCUUCUACCCAGCCUCAGCCUCCACCCCAUCCCUAUCCCCAGCCCCAGCUUCCACCUCUACCCCAUCCCCAUCUUCUACCCAGCCCCAGCUUCUCCCCAGUCACAGCCCCAGCCUCCACCUCUACCCCAUCCCCAUCCCCAGCCUCCACUCUACCCCAUCCCCAGCUUCUACCGAGCUUCAGCCUCCACCUCUACCCCAUCCCCAGCCUCCACCUCUACUCCCACCCCCAUCUUCUACCCAGCCCCAGCUUCUCCCCA